GCUGUGAAGCGUUUCCUGAAGCGAGGGCAGAGCGGCUCCUGCACGCUAAGGACUUGUUGGCUGGCAAUGUCAGACUUCCGGAAAACGGGGGAUUACCUGAGGAAGAAAUACAACGGGGCCAUCCAGGUGACGAUGAACCAGGAUGGCACCGGCUUCACGGUGGCCAACAAGAACUUCAGGAAGCCCACGAAAACAGAUCUGGUGUACUUUGAGAACUCGCCCGAUUACUGCGUGAUGGACAAGUCAGCAGGCUCGCUGGGCACGGCCGGGCGGUACGACACCACCCGCGUCACACGCGUCACCAAGUGCGAGUGCAAGUUCCACUGGUGCUGCGCCGUGCGCUGCAAGGAGUGCGAGGACACGGUGGACGUGCACACGUGUAAAGCCCCCAAACGGGCCGAGUGGCUGGACCAGACCGGAGGAGCCAGGAGCACGGAGGGAAGGAUCCACUGCCACCCCCCCGGCAAUUUUUAA